UCUAUAUUGAAGGAACCAACCAAAUCUGUAUUCUCAACUGAACCCGCGUUGUUUUUCUUCUCUAUAUCUCUCUAAAGUCAGUAGCUUUGCCGUGCGAUGCUGACCUACUCCACCUCCGACAUCACCAACUUCACAAGAACAACCGCUACCAAUUACAACAACCUCACCGUCGCCAGCGACUGACCAAAAUUACCCAAAUUCCAUGGGGAAUUGCAACGCAUGUGCGAAACCAGUAGCCAUAGAAGAUUCAGACCCACAUCAACAACAACACCAGAAAACAGAACCCAAAAAGAGUCCACGAGGUCGCAGGGGAAACCCAUAUGCCGAAUCACCGGCGCCGGUUCGUGUUCUCAAGGAUUUCAUCCAUCAUCAGACCCGAAUUAGUGAUAAAUAUGUUCUUGGCCGCGAAUUGGGUCGGGGAGAAUUUGGGAUCACAUACCUAUGCACUGACAGAGAGACUCGAGAAGCUUUAGCAUGUAAAUCAAUAUCAAAGAAGAAGCUUAGAACAGCGGUGGACAUAGAAGAUGUCCGGCGAGAGGUUCAAAUAAUGUCUAGUUUGCCUGAUCAUCCGAAUAUUGUCCGACUUAGGGCUACAUAUGAGGAUAAUGAGGCAGUUCAUUUGGUUAUGGAACUUUGUGAGGGAGGAGAGUUGUUUGAUCGAAUCGUUGCUAGAGGUCAUUACAGUGAGAGAGCGGCUGCCGGAGUUGCUAAGACGGCGGCGGAGGUUGUGAGGAUGUGUCAUGCGAAUGGGGUCAUUCAUAGGGAUUUAAAGCCUGAGAAUUUCUUGUUUGCUAAUAAGAAGGAGAAUGCUCCUCUUAAGGCUAUCGAUUUUGGGCUAUCGGUAUUCUUCAAACCUGGGGAGAAAUUCUCUGAAAUUGUGGGAAGUCCUUAUUACAUGGCUCCAGAGGUUUUGAAGAGAAAUUACGGACAAGAAGUUGAUAUAUGGAGUGCUGGUGUGAUUCUCUACAUUCUUUUGUGUGGCGUUCCUCCAUUUUGGGCAGAAACUGAGCAAGGGGUUGCCUUAGCUAUUCUACGAGGUGUUCUUGAUUUCAAACGUGAGCCAUGGCCUCAGAUCUCUGAAAAUGCCAAGACCCUUGUCAGGCAAAUGUUAGAGCCCGAUCCCAAAAAGCGUUUAACUGCUCAGCAGGUUCUUGGUAAGUAUAUUUAUAAAAGCUUUGGAUUAAUUCAAACAAGAUUUCAUUUGUGGGUUUUAUUUUCAGAACAUCCAUGGAUACAGAAUUCGAAGAAAGCCUCGAAUGUUCCUUUGGGCGACGUUGUGAGGACAAGACUGAAGCAGUUCUCAGUAAUGAACAGAUUCAAGAAGAAGGCUUUAAGGGUAAUUGCAGAACAUCUGUCUGUUGAAGAAGUAGAGAUAAUGAGAGAUAUGUUUUCAUUAAUGGAUACUGAUAAUGAUGGGAAAGUAACAUUUGAAGAGCUGAGAACUGGUCUUAAGAAGGUUGGUUCUAAGCUGGCUGAACCUGAGAUUAAAUUACUCAUGGAUGUGGCUGAUGUAGAUGGGAAUGGAGUACUGGAUUAUGGGGAGUUUGUUGCAGUUACUAUGCAUUUGCAGAGAAUGGAGAAUGAUGCGCAUAUUCGAAGGGCUUUUGUUUUCUUUGACAAAAAUGGAAGUGGAUUCAUCGAGCUUGAUGAAUUAAGCGAAGCUUUGGCUGAUGAAUCAGGUGAAACAGACGGUGAUGUGCUAAACGAUAUCAUGAGGGAGGUUGACACGGAUAAGGACGGGCAAAUAAGUUACGACGAGUUUGUGGCAAUGAUGAAGUCAGGGACUGACUGGAGAAAGGCAUCUAGGCAAUAUUCUAGGGAAAGAUUCAAGAGUUUGAGCGUCAAUCUGAUGAAGGAUGGUUCGCUCCAUCUUCAAGACGGACUCACAGGCAAAAGUGUUGUAGUUUGAGGGUUCGACGCCCAUUUUUUUUUUCUUUUUCGUGGUCUGUCAUUGUCUCAUCAUCAUAGUUAUUGUUUAUUUAUUUUUUAUGUUGGUUUUGGUUUUGGAAAAGCAGCAGCUACUGAUAUAUAAUUUAUCUGUUGCCUUUCCUAAAUUGUGUUUAUGUUGAGAAGAUGGAAAAGGUAAAUUGUGAAUCUUGAUUAACUUGACUUUUGUAAAUUUAUCAUGUUAUAUGAAAGCUUUGGUGUUACUAGCUA